UCUGGUCUGAGCUGACUUGGAAAGGUCUCCUACCACACCCUAGUUUCAGUGGCUGAAUACAAAGGGGAAAGGGGUGAGCAGUGUGUGUAGGGUGAAAGGGUUGAAUCAAACAGGGUGAGGACAUCGAAUACUUGUCCUGUGACUCAGUACCUUCCCACUAGAGAACCUCCCUUGGCAUAUGUUGUCAUAGCGCCCUGAAGCACUAGCUGUGGUCAGAGCUCUGCUGCCCUGCAGGCCCUACAAAUAGCUGAAAAACCAGUCCCUCGCCCUAAGGGGCAUCUGUUCUGAGAAGACAAAUAACAAGUGGGAAAGAAGGUGAAAGGGAGAUGCAGUCAUCUGCGUAAAAAGUUCUAGUCUUCUGUAUUUCCACUAUUCCUACUGGCUGUAUUCAUAAACUGUCUGAGCAAUGAGGAGUUGGCUCACACCCGAGUAACUUAUUUGCUUGAGGACAGUGAAGCUACUGCUGUGUUCCUGCUCCAACUUAAAAGACCUGCAGCAUAAAAGAAGUGCAUAUUUUGGCUCUUAAAGAGGCAUGGAGCUAUAAGCAAGAGGGAGGGUCAAAUUUUAAAUAGUCCAGUAAUUCUAUGGACCGUUGAAUCUUGGCAUUAAAACUGGCAGCGGUGACCUCAACUCCUGGCAGUCUCAGCUGUAUGUAGGUGAUUUGAGACAGAAGUUGUUUACAUGCCUGGAGGGACUAACUUUUGACAGAGCUUUCAAAAAGAAGUUUAAGUUCAAAUUCUAAUAUAGCUGAUGCAUUCAAAUUAGGCCUUUUAUUUCUGGCCAUACCAAGAUGGAGUAGUUGAGUGACAGGCAUUUACGAGAAAAAGUCAAAGAUGAUGUUCAGCUAAAGAAUAUGAGUGGGCAGUGGUUUUAUGAAGCGAAGUCAAAGAGGCACAGAGAUAAGAUACACGGAGCAGACAUUAUUAGGGCUUCCAUGCGCCGGAAGCCUGCCACUGUUGCUGAAGUGAGUCAGAACAAAAUGAGCAAACCAAAGACCAGCUGGGUGAGCAAUGUUAAUAAAGAAGUCUUUGUGCCACCAGAUUUACAUGGCAUUGUGGAACAUCAAGAAGAACAACAACUGAAAAUUAGUUCAAGUUCUAAACCAAUAACCUCCAUGUUAGACAACCCAGAGGAAAGGCCUAUGAAGGCAGCAGUCUCAUCAGUAAGGCAAAGAAGAAAUCCAUUUAAUUCCACUGCAUCAGGUGAUGACGUGAACCUUGGGGAAUCAGAAAACAGACCAGCCAUUGUACCUCAGCUAUCAGAGAAGGAAAUUUCCUCAUUCUCAGAAGAGAGCCCACCUAAAUCAAACUUACAAAAUGAUGAAACAAAGGAACAUAAGAAGCCUUCUGUAGAACUUACUGAUGAAUCACAAAAGGGAUUAGUUAAGCGUCCUGUCCCAAAAGCUAGAAAAUUAAUUCAUAAAGCAACAGAUUCUGUAUCACAAAGAGAAGACUUUGUUCCAAAACCAACCAAACAGUCUGAGAGGAUUAAUGGUGCUGGUACACCUCCCAGGGGCAUUCUAAAGCGCAGUUCAAGUUCAAGUUCCACUGACUCAGAAGUUCGUGUUAGUCAUAUGUUAGACGUUCAGAGGAAGAAUGGCCUUUCUACUGCAACUAUUUUUGAAGGAGAUUCUGAGAAGAGCUCUCUUGUGGACGAAGCAGAGGAUUGCACACAAAUUUCAAUGGAAAAACUAAAACAAGUGAGGUUUUCAUCUAGCACAAGUAAAGAAAGGCUUCUGCAAAGCCCGCAGCUACACCAUGGUAAAGAAAGAGGAGAGCUUGAUUUGUUAGAAUCGGACAAAAAAAAGAUUAGUGGUAAUUAUGCUAUCCCAUCAGAUUCAUUUGGGGAUAAGCAAAUUUCUGCUGUGAAGCCUUCAGAAACCUAUUCAUCAGCUUUACAAAUGAAAACGAUAGAUGGUUUACAAGAAGAUACAUCUGCAUCCGGCCCUUGUGACACUAGUAAUAGGUCAGUCUUCCCGGUUAAUGAAAGCUUGCAGACAAAGACAGUUUUUCCUAAGAAACUUGAAACUCCACAGAAGACUUCCAGCAACAUGCUGCCAAAUAGCAAUAAUGAACUGAGUGUUGAUGAGGCACGUGAAAAUAAAUCCAACCAGAUCUUGAGCCAUGAAUCAAAGUCACACAAAAACUUUACUGAUGAACAUCAACUUUCUGUUAAGACAGAAGCACGUGAGGUGUCAAAUACCAAUUCUACAAGUCUUCAACAAGGUAAGCCUGAUCUUGUUGAGGAGAGAGAUGCUAAAACUACUUUCAAGCCUGACAAACAUGCUGAUGAACUCGUGAAAGUGGCUGAUGAAUCUGUAUCAAAAGUUUUAGACUGGUUUAAACGAAGUUCUGAUACUGAAGAUGGGGAACAUGCAUCAACUAGAUCCCAAGGCAGGGACUCCAAAGAGGAAAUGGACUUUUCAACCAGAACAGCAGUUCUUCCUAGAGAACAUAGUGGGCCUAGCAUGCAUGGAAAAACAGGAGUUACAGAAAAGUUACCAUUUGGAAAGAUUAAACAACAGAACAGUGUUUCAUCUACAUCAUUUGCUUCAGAAGAUGCACAGGUGAUAAAGGAGAGUGUGAAGCCUAAGAAAGGGGAAGUGAAUAAGGAGCAAAAUGACAAAUUGCUAACUAAAUUUGAUUGUACAGGAGCUGAAGAAAAAGAAUGUGGUCAAGAAAUCAAACAACAAAAUCAAAAAUCAAAUCUCUUGGAACAUCAAGAACACAAGCUACAGCCUCAGAAAUAUGAAUCAGAGAAGGCAAUACAAGAAAAAAGAAGAAUAAGGGAGAUCAGAGCAUUCUGGGAAAGGGAUAAAACUAUACUCGAUCAUGGAGAGAAAGAAGUUAGUAUCGAUACUAGCGCAUCAGGUGGCCGUGCAUUGAAAGGUCUUGGAGAAAGUGACAAAAUAGAACCAACUGCAGUAUUCCCACCUAACAGAUUGCACGAUCAGAGCAAGAAUACAUUAAGUCCUCAGUUGAGUUGUAUGAGCCAGGAUUCAAGAAACAAACAACAACACUCUUUAGAGUUUAGACCAUGCCAUGCGGUUAAAAAGCCAAAAGGAACACUUCCAUUUGAUGAAGUCCAUGAAUAUACAGAAUUGCUAAAAGCCAGUAACUUGCAGUCCAGAGUUGGUGUCACUUCAGCCUCCCCAAAAAGCAAAAAUGAGAAAGAAACACUUAAAGAAAAAGUUGCUGCUUGUUCCCAACAGAAGCCCAGCUUUCAAGUUUUUUCUUUAAAAGAAAAAAUGGAUGAAAAGUCCAAGAAUCAAAUUUCAGAUCCUUCACGGUUUCAGAGUUUGAGAAACUUCUGGGAUACUGGAGUUAAAUUCCAGAGUAGAAUUGACAGGGAAGAUGUUUCUUUGCCAAAUAAUAAUAGUUCAAUAAUCUACGAAAGUAAAUCAAAGGAAGACAAAGGUAGAGAUAAUGUGAGCAAGCAAGAGUUAAUUCAACAACAAACCCAAACAUCUGAGAGAGAAAAACCACAGAAACAAGAUUCUCUGGUAUGCAAAAAGUCUCUAGGAUCUCCUACCCUGGAAAGUCUGAAUGUGACACACACACAAAAUACAGACUCUGUCCAGCUGAACAGAAAAUCAGUUACCUCAAAAUCCCAGGAACAGAUGAGUCUUCCGGAGCAAGCAGUUAAAGAAUGUAUAGGAAAAAGUAUUGUUUCAUCAAAAUAUCAUCAUGUUUCCUUGCAGUUGCUCCAGUCACCCGGUGAUAAAAAUGCUUUGAAGGAGACAGCAGCAGGUGAUAGGCUACGUUUACCCACAGAAAAAGUGGAGAACAAGAUUAGUCCAUUGGAUAUCAGUCUCCCUAAGGAGGAAGUUGCAGAGACUGUGGAGAAAGUUGUCCAACCUAAAGGUGAGCUUGAUGUAUUUAAAUCAGUUCUAAAGAAGCUAGAAAAGGAAGCCUCUGAGAUGUCAUGUAGCUUAAACCUAAAAGAAAAUGUUUUGAAAGGGGCAACUUUUCAGUCAGAUCAGUGCAAGGUCUUUGAGAGAACAGUAGAAGAGAUCCAUGAUAUUUCUCCUGCUGAUCAAGAAGAAGAAAUGGGCAAAAAUACAGGAAAAGUGAAUAUGCCAUCAACAGAUGAGCAUGAGAACAAAAAAAGCCUCAGAAAACUAUUUAGGGAAUUUGAACCUUUGCGUUUACAGCUUCAGGCAGCAGACAAGGAUGAUACUCUUGAGGGCUCUGGUUUGCGGAACCUGCUCAGAGAAACCUUUGUAUCUCAGCCUCCUGAAUAUAGAGGGGUGGGAAUGAAAACGUACAAUGACAUGAAUAGCAUAUCAGAAACUAAUUGCAGCAUAGAAUCAACAUGCCAAGAAGCUACUGGUCAGCCUGAAGAGGUCCAUGAGACAACAGAGAAGUCUGUUGCCCCAUCCAAGGUCAGUGGCUUGAGUUCUGUCUUACAGAAGCUGCUGAAGGAAGCUGCUGAAACAUCGCUUCCUAAACCAAAACACGCUGACAGCACAAUGUUGAGGACUGCUGAGGUGGAAGUUAAAAGCACAAUAUAUGACCAUGAUAGAGAGAUGCCACAGGAAAUCACUGAGACCAUAGAAAAGUCUGUUGCCCCAUCCAGGAGCAGUGGCUUGAGUUCUGUCUUACAGAAACUGCUGAAGGAGGCCUCUGAAGCACCACCUCCUAAACCAAAACGUGCUGACAGCAUAGUACAGAGAACUUCUGAGGUGGAAGUUAAAGGUAUGACUUAUGAGUAUGAUGGAGAGGUGCUGCAGGAAAUCAGUGAGAUGGUAGAAAAGUCUGUUGCCCCGUCCAAGGACAGUGACUUCAGUUCUGCUUUAGAGAAGCUGCAGAAGGAGGCCUCUGAAAUACCCCCUCCUAAACCAAAACAUGCUGACAGCAUAGUACAGAGAACUGCUGAGGUGGAAACUAAGAGCACAGCCUAUGAGCAUGAUGGAGAGGUGCUGCAGGAAAUCAGUGAGAUGGUAGAAAAAUCUGUUGCCCCAUCCAAGAACAGUGGCUUGAAUCUUGCUUUAGAGAAGCUGCAGAAGGAGGCCUCUGAAACACCACCUCCUAAAGCAAAACUUGCUAAUGGCAUAGUACAGAGAACUGCUGAGGUGGAAGCUAAGGGUAUGACCUAUGAGCAUGAUGAAGAGGUGCUGCAGGAAAAGAGUGAGACCACAGAAAGAUCUGCACUGUCCAAGGCUGAAUAUAGUGUGUCUGAUGUUACUUUCCAGAAGCUACCAAAAGAGGUCUCUGAAACAACAGCUUCUGUGCCAGAAAAUAUGGAUAAGAAAAUGCAAGGUAAAAUACAGACUAAUCUAAGUAUGCAUGUUCCACAUCAACAAGAGAGAGAUCAUCCUCAAGAAAUACAAGAAACAGUAGAAAAAACUUCUGUUUCAAAUAUUGCAAAAUUCAGUGAAUUCAGUUGUUCUUUAGCAAAACUUGUUCAAAAAGCAUCUACAGUUUCAUGUCCAAUAUCCAAAGAGUUACAUAAGCAAGAAAAGUUUGGAGAUCCUGCAUUUCCCUCAGAAAAAGAGACUCUAUGCACAACUAUGUCGCAGCCAUAUAAUGUUCUAAGUACCUAUCAUACACAAAUAAAGUUAGCUGUCAAAGGGGAAGCUCUAGAACAAAAUGUCAACGUUUCAGUAAAUGAUCUUGCAGUAAGUGAAAUUGAAGCUUUUGAUCUUAAAAGAAAUGAAAUUAUUAAUAAAAUAGAAGAGAGAAACGUGGUUCCAGUUGAUCUUACUCCCUUGGAAGGCGAGACAAAUAUGAUUGCAAUCAAGCCAUUUCAGAUAAAUGAAAAAGGAAGGAGAGACGAAAGCACAUCCUUAGAGGCCUCUGAACAGAAUUCAGAAUUUCAAGCACUGUUGAAUUUCAGAAGAACAAGCACACCACUUAAGGAUGAUAGCAACUCCCCCCAGCCAAAAGAAGCUGUGUUCUACAUAAUGUCUCAGCAUGAGGAUAAUGAUGAAGAGGAAGGGGACAAUUUAAAUUUGGGAUCCAAGUUUUCAGAUGAAAACUCUGAUUCCCACUCUGGAACCAGAAGUUCAACUCGUUCUGAAGAAGAAUUAAACCCUGUUUUGAUGGCUUUGAAAAGGAGUGCAGAUAGGAAAAAGCCUUCCAAAAGUCUAGAGGACAUUCCAUCAGCCACCUCAAACAAAGAAAAAAAAAAUAAUCCAAAGGAAGAAUUAGCUCUUAGUGCUGAAGAUGGUCCGAAACCUGAUCAGCAUCCAGAGAGGACUGAAAAUGCAACAGGAAUUUCCACAGUGCCUUCACAGCCUGAUAAGCUGUUUUCCAACCCUGAAAAACUUAAAGGACUUAGCAAGUCGGUACCAUCAUUUCUACAGGAAGAGAGUGAUGACAGAGAGACAGAUACAGCAUCAGAAAGCAGUUAUUCCUUUGGCAGAAUCAAGAAGAGUCCCAGCUCUCUAACCAAUCUUAGCGGCUCUUCUGGCAUGGCCUCCUUAUCCUCUGUGAGCGGAAGUCUAAUGAGCAUCUAUAGUGCAGACUUUGGCAAUGUUGAUGUGAAGGGGAACAUUCAGUUUGCUAUUGAUUAUGUAGAACAGCUGAACGAGCUCCACAUUUUUAUUUGCCAGUGUAAAGACUUGGCAGUAGCAGAUGUUAAGCGACAGCGCUCAGACCCGUAUGUAAAGACCUACCUGCUUCCAGAGAAAUACAAGCUGGGCAAACGGAAGACUUCUGUCAAAAAGAAAACUUUUAAUCCAGUCUAUAAUGAGAUACUGCGGUAUAAAAUUGAGAAGGAUCUCCUAAAGGACCAAAGCCUUAAUAUCUCUGUCUGGCACAAUGAUACCUUUGGGAGGAACAGCUUCCUUGGUGAAGUGGAGUUGGAUUUAGGAACUUGGGACUGGAAUGAUCGAUCCAACAAGCAGAUCAACUGGUUUCCCCUCAAGCCAAGGAUUUCAACAAUGACUCUUAAUCUAGAAAAUAGAGGGGAGAUGAAACUAGCACUCCAGUAUGUCCCACACCCCAUUGGAGGAAAGAAGACUCUAUCUACUGGUGAGGUCCACAUCUGGGUGAAGGAAUGCCAUAACCUUCCUCUUCUGAGAGGAAACAGGCUCAACUCUUUUAUUAAGUGUACCAUUCUUCCAGACACUAGCAGAAAAAGUCGCCAGAAAACAAGGACAGUUGCAAAAACUACAAACCCAGUAUUCAACCACACCAUGGUGUAUGAUGGCUUUAGACCGGAAGAUUUGAAAGAAGCCUGCGUAGAACUCACAGUCUGGGACCACAACAAACUAGCGAACCACUUUCUGGGAGGUCUCCGGAUAGGCCUUGGAACAGGCAAAAGCUAUGGAACUAGAGUAGACUGGAUGGAUUCCACUUCAGAUGAAACUGCCCUUUGGGAGAAGAUGAUGAACUCUCCAAACACCUGGAUAGAAGAUACACUACCUCUCAGGAUGCUUAUGGUUGCAAAAUUGACAAAAUAAGGUGGCUUUUUAAUUGCUAGUGUCAAAAGGAAACCUUGGGAAUGAAAUAGAAGGUGUGGGGGAUAAAACUUGGAAGAGGAACACAGUAGCAGUUUUGACAGUUUUUGCUCUGUUGCCGUUCUGGUUUUGUGAUGUCAUAUGUCACUUCAUAUUUCAAAUUAAACAUUUGCCCACGGAACAUUAUGUAAAUUUGUAGUUGUACAUUUCUAGGAUACGUAAGUUGCUUCUUUCUCCAGUGAAAGAAGCAUGACAUGAAGUGGUACUGUUGACGUCCCAUUCUACAAUGCCCAGAGGACUAAGUUCCAGUGUACUGUAAAAAAUCAGGGUUAUAAAAAGUUUGCUAUAUAUAUAUAUAUGUGUUAAUCAUCUUGCUAGUCUGCAAUACUUACUCUUAAAUACUGAAGACAUAAAGAUGAUUUUUUUUUCUAGUGCUACUCAUAAAGAUCUAACUGUGCCAAUUUUAGUGAUGACAAGUAUGUUGAGUAUUUAUUCUUCAAAGUGUGCUUGUUUGUACCUGUAUCUAUUAGCUUGGUUUUUCACAAGAAGUAACUUACCUGUGCUUCAGUGCCACCAUUAGGGGACUGGUGGGACUAUGGUGGUCUUGGCUUAAAUAGUUUUGCAGCAUAAGAAAUAAGAAUGGAAUUUGUAACUUGUAGAAAUGCAUGCUACUAAUAAAUAAAUGCAUGAAGUACUAGAUGUAUUACUUUUUAAAAUAAAAAGCAGCCUAUUAAGACUAAA